AUGCCUCGAAACUUACCUUGGCUACUAGACGAGAACGAAAAUACGCGCGUCAAAAACUCGAUCACGCCUCGAAAGCGCGUCAAGCGAGAGCAGGACCAAGAUGCUACGCCCAAACAGCAACCAAUAUCGCCAGACAAGAAGGACUUUUUCCCUUCCUCCCAAACCCCACCCACAUCCCCGGCACGGCCAUGUCCUACUGAAGAAUUUCUGAUCCAGGGCCUCGACAAAGAUGAUGGCUGGGUGAUGGUUGAAGACGAAUUUUACACCAUCGCACAGUCGUUUACUCGGCAUUUACAUUAUGCAGAGUAUGUGAAACGAAAGAAGGAAGCUAAGGCCAAAGCGGCGGAGGGAACAGGAGAAGUUGAACGGCCGACAGAUGGAAGAACAUCGGUUUCAAAGGAUCAGGAGAUGAGGAAGAAAGCCCUUACCGCGCGUCAAAAAGCUGGGCUGAACCAGAUGGAUGCCCAAUCGGAUGACAACAACGAUUAUGGCGCGGACGGCGACGAAGAGGACGAUGACGAUAAUAUAUGGGCUGGCACCCAUCUUCACGGGCUGAUGACAAGCCCGCGGAGAGUGCGGUCCCUUGCUGGCGCUCAUGUAGUCAAGUCUAAUACCAGAGCUGCUGCUGGUUUUAGACAGACAACAGGCUCGCAAGCGAAUUCUUCGAGCUCAGCACGAAGGAUAAUCAUUCAUACAUCGCCUUCUCGUCCAUUGAGGUCAGUGCAAUCUCGGAUGGUGGUUCUUGACGAAGAAACGGCGUCUGAAGACGAUGACCUCGAUGGACCGAGUCAGUCAACUCCAGUUCCAGCUAGAUACGUGGGGAAUGCACAUCAAACAGGAGCUAAAAGGAGCCCACGGACUGUUGAACGCGCCCAAAAAUCUGAAUCGUCUACAAGCAGGCAGGUAGUAACACCGACCCGAGCGAGCCAAAAACCGCCACCGAAGUUCAAGUCAAAAGUUCAAAUGCUAUUUGAUGAUCUUGACGACUAUGAUGGGCUUCCAGAGCCGUCGACUUCUAAAUCACCUGUUACUGAAAAAAAGUCAAAAUCCCGCUUCAAUGCAGUCCCAACCUUCCUGGGUUGA